AUGUAUGGUUGGCGUGUGCCCUUCGUAUUUUAUGAUGUCACAAAUGACGUUCGAUCGGGUGGGAAAAUUCGUUUUUCUUAACUAACGUUUUUCUUCUCCUUGGGCAUUCUUUUGCUAUGAAUGAUUAAACGCGCGCAAUACUUGACGGUUUUUUUUUUUUUUUUUUUUAACGUUUUUUACGAUGAUACAUGGAUCGAAGAGCGCAAAUAUAUUUCAAAAAAUCGCCGGUUAGUCUAGCGAACAACGUGGUACGACAUUACUUAUAUUUUCGGAGCAGCAUCGUAGUUUGAUUCCACCGAGUGUAUAUCGUGAGUGAGUGUGUGGGUGCCAAACUCGAAAAGUGUUGCGUUAAAGUACGUUGUUGUAUACAUUGUAAUCAUCAAGUGUAUUGUGUAUUACUGUGUACAAAAACACCUACUCUUUCUCUCUCUCAUACUGAAUAUAGUGUUUGUUUUGUUGUCACAAGAGAUGUACCAUGACAAAGUGAGGAGAAUAUAUAUUACACUUUGUAGCACUGUUGUGCGAUGGUGAUUGAUUUGCCGGCGAGUCUCGAGUGAGCGCACGCGACGACCAUACUGACUGUUGGUGAAGCAAAUCACCGAUGACGUAGUGGACAUGAAUUGGCCGUCCAGAUGGUCGCCGUUGCGGGUCUUGAUUUUCAUUCUCCUAAAAUGUGGCACAACGAGACCGAUGGUAGCACCGGAGGAUAUUUCCUAUCCGAGAUUGAUUGUGGCAGCCUCGCACACGGCCCUGUCCGGAGAUCUCGGUGUCCUCAUAAUCGAAAUGCCGACCGCAUAUCACAUGACCACCACCACCACCACUGCCCCAGCCAUAACUUCAACUACCACAACCACUUCCAGUCGCGCGACCACACAAAGGUCAAGCUCGCUCGUUGCGACCACUGAGGAUGCAGACGCCAGUUUGGAAGACGACGAGGACUACAGCAUCGAAAACAAUCGCAUUCCCCUACAGGAUCCAUUCGUCCUCAGGCUCCUUCGGCUGGAUGGCUUCACGUCGGAGCUGGUGGGUGAGGUGCCGGUGGAGGUGCCCAAUAUAGCGGGGGUCAACGUCUCCCUGAAAAUUCCCUGCGGCUACUUCUCGCGUGGCGGCACUUACUCACUCCAACUGCAACACAAGUCCGCGCCCCUGCCGGACCACUUCGCCAACACCGCUAGCCUUCAUCAUGUACAGACCCACACGACGCUAGACGUGCGAUGGCCAACGCCCUCGCUGGCCCUGGAGCCCCAGCACUUCGACACCUACCCAAGCCAGCCGGUCCUGGCGACUCUUGAAUACACGGGCAUCACGUGCUCGCCACUUCCCGGCGUACCCGUGCCCACUUUUUCUGUUCAGCUCAUCUAUUGCGGUGCGAGUGUCCUUUCAUGCGAUCCUCGCAACAAGAGCCAUGUACAGGUACUCUAUAAGGAGGAAGUGAAGGGCUUUCCCACGCAGAGGGUCGUCAGUCUGCGCUGCGAGUAUUUUGGCCUGGCGGGCCACUACGCCCUCAGACUGAAGCCAUCCGAUGCAAAUCCGAGUGCACCUACUUCCAGCGCCUACAUCAAGGUCGAAUGGUCGGACCUGUUCGUCUUCAACGUCCGAGCUCGGUCCGUUUACCCAUGCGACGGUGGGAGCAGCAACUCAGGCGGAGGCGUCUCUGUCCUGUUCGAGUACCCAGCCUGUCGUCUCCAAGGCGAUCGAGUACGUGUCUACGGUCGUCUAAGGGCCGAUGUAGCCUCGCUGGCACCACCUUCAACCUUGGACUACGUUGCCGAGCUAAAAGCACCACCUGGCGAGCACAGAUUGACUUUCGAUUGUGACCUCUUCACGGAGCGUUACGUCGAGUACUGCUUUGUUUACGUCAGCGAGGCUUUCAAUGGGGCCAUGUCCGAAGUUAGGGUCGACUGCAUACCUACGUUUCCAUUGCAAGAAGGCGACGCUGGUGGCUGGGGACCCUGGAGCCAAUGGACGCCUUGCAGCAGCUCCUGCGUCGGUGGCACUCGCACUCGGCAUCGUUUCUGCGACACCCCACCACCCCGUUAUGGGGCCAAGUUCUGCCAGGGCAAAACGGUAGAAUCCGAGGCCUGCGGGGGUUCAAAGUCAUUGGAUUUGCGAGGCUCCUGGAGCCCCGGCGACUGGGAGUGCCGGCACGGCGAGGGCCUAGCUGCCGACAGACCGGAGGUGACUGCCGUAGUCGGGAGCAGGUGCCGCUGUGGCUGCUCGCUCGUUCUCGAGGACGAGGAGCAGCGAAGGAUACUCGCUGCCAGCAGUCGGCAGUGUCCGGGUCACUCGUUCUGGCUCGUACAGACAAAGCCGAGCCACGUGGUGGAGUUGUACUUCGAUCAAGCACGUUUGCCCUGCCAGAAUCAGUACGUGCGAGUGAAGGACGGUGACUCGUUGAUCGAUGCCCUGUUGGCCGAUGUGACGCCCGAGCGCAAGGAGCCAGCGUCCGGACGGGUAGUCAGUACCGGACCGAGGUUGCUGUUGGAAUUUUAUAAUGAGCCCACCUCGGCUGCAUCGUCGUGCGCCUCUGGAUUUUUGGCUCACGUUGCCAUGGCUCCGAAACCAAAGGAAGAGAACAUAACAACGGCUGUGCCUGCACUGUUUCUAAACGCAAAAGUCAUGGCGGCAACCGGUCGCUGGGCACUAUGGUUGACUCCAGCUCACCUGGUCGCUACCUCACUUCUCGUUCUCAUGUUCCUCGCCACAGUCGUUUUGGCCUUGCAGUAUGCCUUCAAAUAUCGCAAAUACCACGUCGCUGAGGACCUGGACAGCCUCACUGACAAUUCCGCGUGUAGUGGCUCAAUGCAAGGUAUCGCCAGGCGUACACGUGCAAUGUCGUCGACGACCCUGAUAUCGGAGGUAGUGUCACUGGUGAGAUUACAGAGGAAAGGAUCACCGAGACACGCGAGACUGAACGAAGCCGGUGCCGAUGUCGAGGAGGGCUACGAGAGCACAGAGACCCAAGCCGAUGGAGACGACGAGGAUGGUAGUUUGGGCAGCCUCAGGCGAUCAGCGAUAGCAGAGGAGGGUGAGCGGAACACGGGCUCUCAGCGCACGAUAGUGGCGAGCAACAACAGUGUGCGCAGCACUCCAACGAAACGAUCGUCCAAUUGCUCGUCCACUGCUACUUUGACAACUGCAGGAACGAGCGGAGGAGUCACUUCGACAACGUCAACUGUGACGACACAAGCCGGCCAACUACAUGCCGAGGUCAAGUACGCCCGUCCGGUUAAACUGCGCACAUUCGGCCCGGUAAGCCCCGUGUCAGAAGAGGCGGCUUCGACGUCCGAAGAUGGCAGGCGCUUCAGCGCUACGAGUGCUUCGACCAGUCUGAAUAACGGUUUCUCACCAGCGAGCAGUUCGUCUAACUCGACACUGCGUCGCUGCAGCGGCAAGGAAUCAAAGGAGCGCCGCAACCGUGAACGUCUGCUACGUGGACCAGGUUCGGAAUUCAGCUUGGCGAAUCCUGAUUUGGACCUCGAGCUCGACUACUACGACUACAACGUGAUGAACGCUGGUGCGGCUCCUGGUUCUUAUCUCGGCAUGGAUCCAGCCUUCCUCGUCUGGAUACCGCCCCUUGACGAGGAUGGCCGACCGAGGAGCGAUGAAGAGGAACACCACUACGAAGAGAUUGUUGAACGACCGCUGGACACCGAAGGAGCCGCGCUAACUCCACAGGAGUACAUGAAAAGGGUAAGGACGAAACACGAGGACUACUUGAGCGAGGGCGAAUCCGAUGAUGUCAUUAAGCCUAGAAAGUUGGACCCAGGCGAGUGCCGACUGCAUGACGAAAUUAUCAUGGAGUACAAGGCGCGGCUGGUUGAGGGCAUGCUGCCAAUUCACAGGCUUCUUGAGGAGUCCAGGGUUAGGGUCAGCGAGGAAUCCCUGUCCAGUAAUAAUGCUGACGUAAUACCCAACAGGCUAGAGACGAGAUCCCCUAAAACUCCGAAAUUACCUAGACGAAGCAAAAAAUCCUUUAGUCAGAGCCAAAAGGUUCAAGAUCCACAUAGUAGUGACACGAGCACACAGUCCCUCGAGGAGUCAGAGCCAAUGACAUUUACCAGAUCGAGAAUGAAGGUCAACGAUUUGGAUACUCCGAGAACUAGGCGGAGAUUGGGAAAGGUUGAACAGGACAAGGAUGCGGAAUACUGCGAGGUGAUAGUGCCCCGGUCACCAGCACGACGCGGAGGUGAUUUGAAUGCCAGUGGUCGGGACGAGGUGGUUGGGGUUAAAGGUGAUGAGAUUAACAUACCAAUGGCUGAGUUCUCGAGGAAUUGGCGGGAUUCACCGGUAAAAGUUCACUCGAGACUCAAGUCCAACCGUAUACAGAGUCCGGACCAGGGUGUUGACGUCCGGGUGGAGACCAAGCGAUCGUUUUACGAGCUGAUUGGCGAGGGCGAGGACGGUAUUAAGUUUGCCGAUGACGACGAUGAGGACUACGAUAUCGAAAGUAAUGUCGUGACGUGAAAAUUGCUUUUCUUUGAUGCGUUUACGAAGGUACCAAAUAAUCUUCAAUGCCAUGGUGUACCACGUUUUCAGAUAGGUGUGUAGA